AUGUAUGAAUAUGGGGUACAGGGUAGCUGGAGGUUGGAUUUCGGCAUUGUAUGCCCACAAGAUGGUGAUCCAGGGAACCAUCCGGAGUCUAUAGUUGAGGAGUUGACUCUCUUCGGUGAUGAUCUUUGGGUCGAUGAGCUGGUUGCGCACGAGGAUGACUGCGAUGGCCAUUCCUCAAGUUAUGUGUCUUUCAUCCUAAUUCUUACUGGUAACAACUAUCAUAAAUGGGAGGAGGAAUUGGAAUUGCAUUUGGAUCUUCAUGACUUAUACUUGACAUUUAGGGAGCCUAAACCUGGUCAUCCCACAAACACAAGCACUGCUGUUGAAAGGACCAAUCCGUUUACAAAAUGGAUAAAUGCAAACAGAAAUUGCAUUAUGAUUGUGAAAAAUGGAGUUCCUAAAUUUAUACGUGGGAACAUAGAAAUUAAACACACUUCCAAAGAAUUCUUGGAUGCUAUUAAAGCCAGGUUUGAACUUAACAAGAAAGCGGAGAUAAUCACACUAAUGAAUAGGCUAAUGAAUACAAGGUAUGAUGGAAGUAGGAUUGUUAGGGAAUACAUUUUGGGUGCAACUACUAAUGCUAGUAAGCUUAAGGAUCUUGGAAUACAGAUCGAUGAAGAGUAUAUUGUUCACAUUGCACUAAAUACCAUCCCUAGUCAGUAUAAGGUUAUCCUGACUACCUACAUUGCACUGAAAAAAGAAUUUGAGCUUAAAUGA